AUGGUUUCCGUUGGUUCCGGAUCCUUUACCGCUAAUUUGGAGAGUCUUUCCUUUUCUUUUAUUCUUUCCAAGACAGUUGAAGAUGAUGAUGACUUGGUUGGCGAUGUUAACUUGAAUUUAGUUGAUGUCGGUUUAAUGAUUUUAUUACUUUUGAAUCCCGACACCCGAACACCAACUGAAGAAGAAGAAGAAGGAGAAGAAAAAGAAGUUGGUGCUCGGGUCGGUAACUUUAAAGCAUCGGGAUGA